AUGCAGAAAUCUAAACUUUCUACGGCCGUCGCCACCGGCCGCCUCCACCUGCUCAGCAGCUUCUUCGCGUUCCUCGCGGUGCUCAGCACGGGCGGCUCGACCGCCGCGCUCCUCGUCAAGGUCCUGCCGCGGGCGACGGCGCCGCCUCCACCACUCCCGCCGCCGCUCAUGAUCACCGGAGGUUGCGCUUCGCGAAGCUCUGCCCUCGACAACGUCGAGUAUGUCGCAGUCGGCUACACCUUCUCGGGAGCGCCGUACUUCCGCGAGGCCUCGUCAUCGUACUACAUCUACUGGGACCCCGAUUGCAGUGGUACAGACUCUACCGCCCGCUGGAUCGUGGAUGAUGAUGAGCCGAGCACUACCGCCUCCAGCGACCUCGAUGGCGACGGGAAAUGUAAGUCCUGGGCCGACAUCUACUCGGACGACUCCUCCUCGCCGCCGCUAGGCACGGCUACCUGGCGGGUUAACUGCGACAGCAUCUGGACGAACAAUCUUCUGACACUGGCCUUUCUCUCCCCCUCGUAUGUCGCAGUCGGCUACACCUUCUCGGGAGCGCCGUACUUCCGCGAGGCCUCGUCAUCGUACUACAUCUACUGGGACCCCGAUUGCAGUGGCGAAGGCUAUCCCGCCCGCUGGAUCGUGGACAACCAAGAACCGAGCACUACAGCCUCUAGCGACCUCGAUGGCGACGGGGGGUGUACCUACUGGGCCCGCAUCGACUCGGACGACUCCUCCUCGCCGCCGCUCGGCACGGCUACCUGGCGGGAGGCGUGGCGUAUCCGUGGCGGGGCCGCCUUUGUAACGGCCUACUUCUUUGGAUUUUUUGCCUUCUUGCCCAAGGCAUCGCAGCCCAAGCUCUUUCUCGCGCUCUUUAUGCUCUUUCUCGCCCUCGUUAUGCUCGUCUUCCUCGUCGCCUCCCCGUGGGGCUUCUCGUGGCUUGUUCCGGAGCACUGCGACUAUGACCCGACAGGUCUCAUCGUCUACGUCAUAUUUCUUCAUGGGGUCUUCGCACUACCUCUGCAACACUACCGCCUUCGCAAAGAACUCCGCGCUCGCAUCGCCGCCAUCGAGGCCGACCUGCCUGAGCGCCUCGCCGACGGCUCCCUCCGGCUGCUGCGCGUCGCCUGGCUGCUCGAGCGCCCAACGGACUGGGUGAUACUGCGGGAGCAAGACCUGCCGGAAGAGGCGUUUUGGGCCCCGGCCGACGCGGCCCGCCUGCUUGCCGAAGAGAAAGUCGCUGCGCUCUCCUACAAGUGGCAGGGCCCCUUCAAUUCGUCCAACGGCGGUGGCGAUCAGCCAGACGGCAGCCGCUUCCACCUUGACGAGGUCCUCUCGUAUUACCGGGAGGGCCGCCACGCAGAGGAACGGCCCGCCCUGAUGUGGGACUUUGCCACAGCACGACCCGAUAACGGGCGCGAAACGUACCGCCGCGGAGACUAA